AUGUCGCCCAAAGUUGGAAGAAGUAUCAACGCCGCAAUUUGUCUCUACACACAAAGAGUCACGCCGUUUGAAAGAAUAAUCAAGGUGACACCGACGGUGGGGAAGAGUGGCAGGCUUGAAGCACGGCUAUUUGUAGGAGUGUAUCGUGCGAUCCAAGUCGACCGACCAGAGCGUCCGUACUAUGUAGGAAAGAUGGAGAUGGAGAUGAGAAGUAGGAAGCCAGCAAGCAAGAAAGUACCACUCCAGUCGACCGUGCAGAUGGAAGAGGAGAAAGUACAAACGAGCGUGUGA